GUCACGCUCAGCCCCGCCCCCCUCGGCCGCCGUCUGUCUCCCGGAGGCGGCAACCGCUCCUGCUUGGUCCUUCCCGGUUGGCCGGGCCGGCGGCGCCUCGCUUCUGUGGUGACCAUGGGGGACCCCAGCAAGCAAGACAUCCUGACCAUCUUCAAGCGCCUCCGCUCGGUGCCCACCAAUAAGGUGUGUUUUGACUGUGGGGCCAAGAACCCCAGCUGGGCGAGUAUAACCUACGGGGUGUUCCUUUGCAUCGACUGCUCAGGGUCACACAGGUCACUUGGGGUCCACUUGAGCUUUAUCAGAUCUACUGAGCUGGACUCGAACUGGUCUUGGUUUCAGCUGCGAUGCAUGCAAGUUGGAGGAAAUGCUCACGCAUCUUCCUUUUUCCAUCAACACGGCUGUGCCACCAAUGACACCAAUGCCAAGUACAACAGUCGCGCUGCUCAGCUCUAUCGGGAGAGAAUCAAGUCGCUGGCCUCCCAGGCAACGCGGAAGCAUGGCACUGAUCUGUGGCUUGAUAGCUGUGUGGUUCCGCCUUUGUCCUCUCCACCAAAAGAGGAAGACUUCUUUGCCUCUCAUGCUUCUCCUGAGGUGAGUGGCACAGGCUGGCCAUCAGCACAGCCAGAAGCAUCUUCUUCGUCACCAAGGAAUGUGGAGACCACUCCAGCUAAUAAUGAAGGUGGACCGGAACAAGGACCAAGUGUGGAAGGUCUUAACGCACCAACAAAGGCUGCUUUAGAGGUGUCCUCUAUCAUAAAAAAGAAACCAAAUCAAGCUAAAAGAGGACUUGGGGCCAAAAAAGGAAGUUUGGGAGCCCAGAAACUGGCAAAUACAUGCUUUAAUGAAAUUGAAAAACAAGCCCAAGCUGUAGAUAAAAUGAAGGAACAGGAAGACCUUCUGGCCAGCGCGGCACCUAAGGAAGAAUCAAUCGUUUCAUCACUGCGAUUAGCCUAUAAGGAUCUUGAGAUUCAAAUGAAGAAGGACGAGAAGAUGAACAUGAGUGGCAAAAAAAAGAUAGAGUCGGAGAGACUCGGCAUGGGGUUCGGAAACUGCAGGAGUGGUAUUUCACAUUCCGUGACUUCAGAUAUGCAGACCAUUGAGCAGGAGACGCCGAUCAUAGCAAAAUCAAGAAAGAAGUACAGCGAUGACAGUGGUGACCCAUAUUUUACUUCCAGCUCAAGGUACUUUGACGAGCCGAUGGAGUUAAGGAGCAGUUCUUUUUCUAGCUGGGAUGACAGUUCAGAUUCCUAUUGGAAAAAAGAGACCAUCAAAGAUACGGACACUGUCCUGAAACCCACGGGCUAUUCAGACAGACCUACUGCCCGCCGUAAGCCAGACUAUGAGCCAGUUGAGAACACAGAUGAAGCCCAGAAGAAGUUUGGCAAUGUCAAAGCCAUUUCAUCAGAUAUGUACUUUGGAAGACAAGCCCAAGCUGAUUAUGAAACCAGGGCUCGGCUGGAGAGGCUUUCGGCGAGUUCCUCCAUAAGCUCAGCGGAUCUGUUUGAUGAGCAGAGGAAGCAGCCGGCAGGAAGCUACAACCUCACGAGCGUGCUGCCCACGGCGCCUGACAUGGCCCAGUUUAAGCAGGGAGUGCGAUCCGUUGCUGGAAAGCUCUCGGUCUUCGCUAACGGCGUCAUGACUUCCAUUCAGGAUCGCUAUGGUUCUUAGCACCCACGCGGGGUCGCGCGUUUCCAGAGAGGCCUCGACGUGAACCAGUGAGCACGUCGCAGACCGCAGUGAAGACCGGACAGUUUUGCAGAUUUUUCUGCUGCUUUUUCACAUGGUAUACAUGCAUUCCUGAUUUCUAGUAUUUCCUUUGAGAAAUUCUCAUUUUUGAUGUAGUAGAAGCUUUAUUGUAAUUUCUGUUUUGCGUUCCUUCCUGCCCAUGCGCUCCUUUGGGCAUAUCUGUGUGUAGCCUUGCUUUAUUUGUGUGGAAUCUGGUUCCAGCAGCUGGGGGUCUGGAGACAAGGGCUUCUCCCACCUCUGGGGGCUGAGAGCCUUCCUUCUGGGACUGGGGGAGGGGGUCUCAGUGCCGUGUGACCUGUGGGCUAAGGGCUACCCCAAGCAGUGAUGCUCCAGGGGCCCGGAGAAACCAAAUUCACCAACACACGUUUCAUUCAAAAGGGAGCAAAGAAUAAAAACAACAGACCAAAAAUGUCUAAUUUGGCAGGUUGCUUCAUUUGUAUUUCCACAUGUUACAGUGAUUUCAAAAUAAUGUUUAAAGCCGUCUGUCCCUUUGUAUGAUCUAUAAAUUCAAAAAUAACUUACAGUGAGCACUUUUAACAAGGCUAAGCUUCUGCAUUGCCAAGGGAAUUAAUCUUCUGACACGGUGUUGCUGUUUGAAUUUAUGGGAGAUGUCAGCUGAGAAUCUCCUGAGUGUGUUUACGAACCGACAUAGUGGACAGAAUUUAAAACGAAUAAGGUAAGAAGACAGACCCACGGGAAAUAUCUCAGUACAGGGGAGAACAGUAGUUGUAACUGGGUAGUUUUGUUAAUAUUUUUUAUCUUAAUCUUGGUUUUCAAAAAAUUACAGAAUGUGUAUAAAUGAAUAAAGAAAAAUAAUUUGGCUGUGUUUUAGACAGCGUUAGAAUAUAUUGUUCAGCACAGUAAAAUAUAUUUGAAAUCUGAUGAACCAGAAAUGUGGUUUCAACUGAAUAUUUUGUGAAUUUUUCUUAAAAGAUCAAAUUUGUAGACUUCUAAAUAUAAUAAACCCUUGCAGCAGA